UUGCUCGUAGGGACACUGAAGCAGCCAAGCUUGUAGGUCGCAGAUCUCACCUUCGCCUACGCUUCUGUCAGUUUCUGCUCAGGUCGUGUGCGGAAGGAUCUAAAUGACUACCUGAUGAGAACCUAUUGAUGUUUAAUUGAUCUCAAAAGUUUGGCCUACGUUAACAGAGAAGAAUCGUGAGAGACAGAUACCAAAGAGAGUUGUAUUGACUACUAGAAACAAGUCAGAUCAUCAAAAUGGAAGGAAUUGUGCACAGAACAGUGGAAGUGAAUGGCAUCAAAAUGCAUGUUGCAGAGAAAGGAGAAGGCCCGGUGGUGUUGUUCCUCCAUGGCUUUCCUGAACUGUGGUACUCCUGGCGCCACCAGAUUCUGGCUCUCAGCUCACUUGGCUACCGAGCCGUUGCUCCAGAUCUCCGCGGCUACGGCGACACCGAAGCCCCGGCUUCCAUCAACAGCUACACCUGCCUUCAUAUCGUGGGUGACAUCAUCGCCCUCAUCGACUCUCUGUGUGUGGAUCAAGUGUUCCUCGUGGCUCACGACUGGGGAGCCAUCAUAGGGUGGUACCUGUGCAUGUUUCGUCCUGAUAGAGUCAAGGCCUAUGUCUGCCUCAGUGUGCCACUCAUGCCCAGAAACCCCCGAGUCAGGCCGCUUGAUGGCUUUCGAGCCGUCUAUGGGGAGGAUUACUAUAUCUGCAGAUUCCAGGAGCCAGGGAAGGCAGAAGCUGAGAUGGCCAGAAUUGGUUGCCAACAAGUACUGAAGCAUGUCCUCACAACACGAAAUACUGGUCCCCCAAUCAUUUCAAAAGAAGGGUUUGGGCAUAAUGCAAAUACCACUCAGGCCUUGCCCUCCUGGCUUUCGGAAGAAGACCUGCGUUUUUAUGCCUCUAAGUUUGACAAAUCUGGUUUCACUGGAGGGUUGAACUACUACAGAAAUCUCGAUCUAAACUGGGAACUCACAGCAGCAUGGACUGGGGUGCAAGUGAAAGUUCCAGUUAAGUUCAUAACAGGUGACUUAGACGUGGUAUACACUUCGCCAGGAAUACGUGAGUACAUACAGAGUGGUCGUUUCAAGAAAGACGUGCCGAAUUUGGAGGAAGUGGUAGUUCAGGAAGGAGUAGGUCACUUCAACAAUCAAGAAGCAGCAGGGGACAUUAGCACCCACAUUUACGACUUCAUCAAGAAGUUCUGAUCCAGUCCACAUGGUCUCUCUUUGUUUUACCUGAACAAUUUGACUUCCAUAUAUGUCGAGUUGUUAUUUGCAGACGCCUUUCUUUGUUCUUCAUUUGUAGCAAAAUCGUGCCAUUAUGGGAACAUUAUCAGUUCACUUGUCCCUGCUGUGUUUCCCUUAACUGAGUAGGGGCGCAAACAAAUCGUUUCAGGAUUAUAAAGAUUGGAGAGCCAUGAGAAGAUUGGCUAUAUGCACAAAAA